AUGGCUGCUGAAUGGGCAUGGCUGAAAGGCUCGGCAUCGUACCAGUGCGGGAUGCAUGGGAAUACCACAGCACCAGGACAACUGGGGAACCACUUGCUUUCCAAAACACCACACCUGAGCAAGAUUUUGGCAAUGCCAACAGUUUGUAACCCUGCAGUAUUUGCCAAACCUCCAGAAAGUGGUCUCCUGUCCUGGGACAGACUGAUCCACCUGCCUGACAGAAAUCAGAAGUGGAAUGUAGUGGGCGUAGGAGAAAACCGUUUGUGUUGGAAAAGACGUUCCAAAAAUGAGGAUAUCGCGAGGAGCAGACAGCAGCUUUCACGAUGUCUACGCGCUUCAGCUUGGACAAGCACAAUUUUACAGCCAGGCCAUACAAAAGCAAACUUUCAAGUCGUGUCAAGUGCCCAGGAAUACCAGACAGAAGAAAAAAAAUGUAAAGGGUAUAUACCCAGUUAUUUAGACAAGGAUGAGCUCUGUGUAGUAUGUGGGGACAAAGCCACCGGAUAUCAUUAUCGCUGCAUCACUUGUGAAGGUUGCAAGGGUUUUUUUAGAAGAACCAUUCAGAAAAACCUCCAUCCAACCUAUUCUUGUAAAUAUGAAGGAAAAUGUGUGAUAGACAAAGUAACAAGGAACCAGUGCCAGGAAUGUCGCUUCAAAAAAUGUAUCUUUGUUGGCAUGGCAACAGAUUUGGUGUUGGAUGACAGCAAGCGGUUGGCAAAGAGGAAGCUGAUAGAAGAAAAUCGCGAGAAGAGACGUCGGGAAGAGCUGCAGAAAACGAUCGGACACAAACCAGAGCCAACAGAUGAGGAAUGGGAGCUGAUCAAAAUUGUUACUGAAGCACAUGUGGCCACCAAUGCACAAGGAAGCCACUGGAAGCAGAAGAGGAAAUUUCUGCCAGAAGAUAUUGGACAAGCACCAAUAGUCAAUGCCCCAGAAGGUGGGAAAGUGGAUUUAGAAGCCUUCAGCCAGUUUACAAAAAUUAUCACACCAGCGAUUACAAGAGUGGUGGAUUUUGCCAAAAAGUUGCCUAUGUUUUGUGAGCUGCCAUGUGAAGACCAGAUCAUCCUUCUGAAAGGCUGCUGUAUGGAGAUCAUGUCACUCCGUGCAGCAGUUCGCUAUGACCCUGAGAGUGAGACUUUAACACUAAAUGGGGAGAUGGCAGUGACAAGGGGCCAGCUGAAAAAUGGGGGUCUUGGAGUGGUAUCUGAUGCCAUUUUUGACCUGGGCAUGUCUCUCUCAUCAUUUAACCUGGAUGACACCGAGGUUGCCCUUCUUCAGGCUGUUCUGCUCAUGUCAUCAGAUCGCCCAGGUCUUGUCUGCGUUGAGAGGAUAGAAAAGUGCCAAGAGGGUUUCCUCCUGGCAUUCGAACACUACAUUAAUUACAGAAAACACCACGUUGCACACUUUUGGCCAAAACUGCUGAUGAAAGUGACAGACCUACGGAUGAUCGGAGCCUGCCAUGCCAGCCGCUUCCUGCACAUGAAGGUGGAAUGUCCCACCGAACUCUUCCCUCCGCUCUUCCUGGAGGUGUUUGAGGAUUAGAGACUGGAGCGCUCCUGCAUCCCUAUAGCACUACUGGCUGCCAUUUCAUUCCAUUGCCCGGCUCUUCGGACAUUUCAUAUGUUCUUCUUACCUUGUUCUGCUCUAUUUCUUGAGGCAGGGGUGGGUUUUUGUUUCAGGUUGCUGGGGAGCUGUUGUAUACACAUGGAGGAAACAUCCCUUUAAUGUGCGUACUUGUGACUAUUGCAGUUUGUUCCUCCAUAUUCACUUUGUAUGUGAAUGCUUUGACAGCUUAACAGUGAAAAUACAAACAGACCAGUCUCAUUCACCAGCACUUAUGUGGUCACCAGCUCACAUGCUUGGGGAUAAAUUGAAGUAACAGAAAAUAAAUUGGCCUCCAAAUUAAAGCAGUUUUUGGUAAUUUGACCCGGACAAUUCUGUUCAGUAUUUUGCAGGGCACAAGUGACUAUUUCAUGAGAUGAAAUUUCAAGUCUUCAUGGAUGUUUUUCUAUUAUAGCAAUGGCCAUUAUGAGCUAUGAUCUUCAUCAUCAUCAUGAUGCUGUCAUUAUCUGAGGAUUGCCCAGCAGCUAUGGUUUAACUGUGCCCUAUAAAUCAAAUAUUUAAAAAAUACAGGGUGGGAGAAGGGACUGACUCAUUUUCUUUCCAUAUGUAUAAAAAAAAAUAAUAAUAUCUUUCAGUUCUUACUACAUUUGAACUCCAGGUAACUUCACUGGAAGGUCUUUGGGAGUAAGGAGGGAAGUUUGAUCCUCUGAGGUGCUUUUCCUGGGAGCCCAGAGGUCUUCUUUUUCUGAGGUGUGAGGAGCACUCUGAAGGAGUAGGCUCUUUAUCAAGCUAGCAGGAUUUCCUCAGAGUUAUUCAGGGGUGUGAAUGAUCACAGAAUGAUGACAAGGGGAAUGAAAUGUGACGACCUCCAGAUGGGGCAGAAACCAACUGUGUUAUUAACAAUGCUCAAGGCUGUACAGCUGUAUCCCAGUAAUACAAAUAGUGUUGCUUGACAGGAAUCUUUUGUUCUAUAUAUAUAUAAAAAGUUUAUAUGCACAUAUAUAUAUAAUUUUAUAUAUAUAUAAUUACAAAUCUUCAGCAGACGUCUUAAGCAUAUUUCCAUAUUUUUAUCCUUGCUCUAUCUCCUUCUUUCAUCCUAUCCUCUGUGUGUGUGCAUCUAUGUGUGUUGAUCAGCUAGGUUCUCUCCCUUCUUGGUUUGUGUAUGUGUUUUAUUUGGCUAGAUUCUCUCUUGAUUCCUUUGAAUAAUUUAUUUCCAUUAACUGCACUAGCAGGAACUGAACUGAGCAAUGACAGGAUGUCCUGCUACCGAAGUCUGUGCACUAGUAUUCACAGUACUGGAAUGUUUGGGCCUGUAAUGAGGGCAUUAUAAGUAAAGGUUCUUCUCCAUCAUCCAUCUCCAUUCAGGGUUAUUCUUCCCUGGAGUUUGUGAACUUGAUAUUAAACCAUUCUCUGAAUUUGUGUGAUACAUCAAAAGCAUUUUUCUGUUCUUCUUGGGAACUCAGAUGUCGUUCGCAUAUUCCGCACUUCCUCAUAUCCCACUUUCUGUUGUGUGGUACGUUCAUUUGUAUCCAUUUCUCUGCUAUUUAUUCAUAUACCGCCCGGUGAGUCAGCAGACAUGGUUAGGGUGUAUGUCUUGACUUUCAGAGCUCAGUGCCCACAUUUAAACCCUUAUGUUUUGCAUUUAUCUUCUCAUGAAAAUAUGAUACUCAGGAACUUAUCUCCUAGAUGGGACAUAAUGUUUGGUUGUGGGGAAGGUUAAAUUCUUUCCAUCUCUGUUUCACUAUGUCAGCGACUAAAGCCUUUGGAAGGUUAUAGGCUUUGUUUUCAGGGACGUGGAAUCUCAUUCUCCCUCUUCUUUGAAAUCAUAUGUACCUGUAAUAAAUGGUAAACAUUGA